AAGUUGAAGCAGUAUGACUUUCGUAUUAAUUGAAGUGUCAGCUGCCUGGUCUUGUGAUCUUCGUUUGGAGGAGUGAAGUUUCAGUAGAGGAAAGAUGUCACCAAGCCUUCCAAAGAUUCAAGAUGAGGACCGAGAGUCCAAAUAUGGUUAUGUAUUUGCUGUGUCUGGACCAGUGGUCACGGCAGAGCGCAUGUCGGGCUCUGCUAUGUAUGAAUUGGUUCGAGUGGGCUACUUUGAGCUUGUGGGUGAAAUCAUUCGACUGGAGGGUGAUAUGGCGACUAUUCAGGUAUAUGAGGAAACAUCAGGUGUUACUGUUGGCGAUCCUGUGCUCCGUACAGGGAAACCCUUGUCUGUGGAAUUAGGACCAGGAAUUUUGGGGAGCAUUUUUGAUGGUAUUCAGCGUCCCUUGAAGGACAUCAAUGAACUAACAAAGAGCAUAUACAUCCCAAAGGGCGUGAAUGUGCCAUCUCUGAGCAGAACACAAGAAUGGGAGUUUGCUCCUACAAACAUCAAAGUUGGAAGCCACAUCACUGGAGGUGACCUGUAUGGGAUUGUUCAUGAGAACACCCUUGUGAAGCACAAAUUGUUAUUGCCCCCACGGGCAAAGGGUACUGUCACUUACAUUGCUUCUCCUGGCAAUUAUACAGUUGAUGACAUAGUGUUGGAGACAGAAUUUGAUGGGGAGCGCUCCAAAUACACUAUGUUGCAAGUGUGGCCUGUACGUCAGCCCCGGCCCGUGACAGAGAAGCUCCCUGCCAACUAUCCACUGCUAUGUGGUCAGCGUGUGUUGGAUUCUCUGUUCCCAUGUGUGCAAGGUGGCACCACUGCCAUUCCUGGAGCCUUUGGGUGUGGCAAGACUGUUAUCUCACAGUCACUGUCGAAAUAUUCCAACUCAGAUGUCAUCAUUUAUGUAGGGUGCGGGGAGAGAGGCAAUGAAAUGUCCGAGGUUCUGCGUGAUUUCCCUGAGCUGACAGUGGAGAUAGAAGGCAAUACUGAAUCAAUCAUGAAGCGAACAGCUCUUGUUGCCAACACAUCAAAUAUGCCUGUUGCUGCCCGAGAGGCUUCUAUCUACACAGGUAUUACAUUGUCUGAAUAUUUCCGUGACAUGGGCUACAAUGUAUCCAUGAUGGCUGAUUCUACAUCCCGCUGGGCUGAGGCUCUGAGAGAAAUUUCUGGACGACUGGCAGAAAUGCCUGCCGACAGUGGUUACCCUGCAUAUUUGGGUGCACGAUUAGCGUCCUUUUAUGAGCGUGCAGGCCGAGUGAAAUGCCUUGGUAACCCAGAUCGUGAAGGAUCAGUCAGUAUUGUGGGGGCUGUGUCACCUCCUGGAGGAGACUUCUCUGACCCUGUUACCUCUGCCACGCUGGGUAUUGUGCAGGUGUUCUGGGGCCUUGAUAAGAAGCUGGCACAGCGCAAACAUUUCCCGUCCAUCAACUGGCUGAUUUCUUACAGCAAGUAUAUGCGUGCUCUGGAUGACUUCUAUGAGAAGAAUUACCCAGAAUUUGUGCCAUUGAGAACCAAAGUAAAGGAGAUUCUUCAGGAAGAGGAGGACUUGUCUGAAAUCGUUCAGCUUGUUGGCAAGGCGUCCCUUGCUGAGACAGACAAGAUCACCCUUGAGGUUGCCAAGUUACUGAAGGAUGACUUCCUGCAGCAGAACAGCUAUUCCCCAUAUGAUCGCUUCUGCCCAUUCUACAAGACAGUGGGCAUGCUGAAGAAUAUAAUAGCUUUCUAUGAUAUGUCACGACAUGCUGUGGAGUCAACAGCACAGAGUGAAAACAAAAUCACUUGGGGUGUGAUCCGAGAUAGCAUGGGCCAGAUUCUAUACCAGUUGUCCUCCAUGAAAUUCAAGGACCCAGUGAAAGAUGGAGAACAGAAGAUUAAAGCAGACUUUGAACAGCUACAUGAAGAUAUCCAGCAGGCAUUCCGCAACCUAGAGGACUAAGUGACCCCUGGCAGCUAUGUCUGUCCAUUCCUUACAAUGUGCAUUUAACCUACAGUACUUACCAGCUUGUUAAAACCAUGUGCCGUAGUCCACAUCGUAGCAUUAGGCAUUUUGAGUGUACAUUUCCAUGUCAGAACUGUCAUGUGGAUGGAUGGGUGGAGGUUUGUCUUUUUGUUCGUAUCAUGUUGCAUUCCAUGUAAGAGCUCUGCUAAGGUAGUUGUGGUGCCAGUCACAUCACAGUAUUAUAUGUACAAAUAUCAUCAUUUCUGUGUAAAGUAAUGUACAGAUGUAAGUAAAAUAAAAUA